ACAGGAAGUUGCAGGUGCGCGCGCUGAAAAUAUUUGACAGAAAGCUUUCCUCGCAACCUGGAUGUGAGCUGCAGUUCAAAAAUACUACACAACCAUGUCGUUUAAAGACUUGAGAAACUUUACCGAGAUGACCAGAGCUCUGGGAUACCCACGAUUAAUAUCUAUGGAAAAUUUUCGAACACCAAAUUUCCCUUUAGUUGCAGAAGUUCUAAAGUGGCUGGUAAAAAGAUAUGAUCCAAAUGCUGAUAUUCAUGGUGACACAGACACUGAACAGGAUAGAGUGAUUUUUGUUAAGUCAGUCGCCGAGUUCAUGGCGACCAAAGCUCACAUCAAGCUCAAUACAAAAAAAUUAUAUCAAGCAGAUGGCUACGCAGUGAAGGAGUUGUUGAAAGUAACAUCUGUUCUCUAUAAUGCCAUGAAAACAAAUAUAAUCGACCAACUGGAAAACCCAGAGGAUGAUGUCUCCCACCUGUCAUUUGAUGUUUCCUCAAGGAUAGGUGAGCUGAAGGAAGCAAGAAGGCUGGCAUCAGAGAUCACCACCAAAGGAGCUACACUUUAUGACUUGCUGGGUCGGGAGGUCGACCUCAGAGAACAGAGAUCAAUGGUGAUAGCCAAGUCAUUGGAAAUUAAUGAAGUAGAGAGUGGGAUGGCCAACUCUAUCAAGGCAGUUGAGGGUGAGGUGAAGAAGACACUACACAUGUUAGACAAUGUGGCUUCAGAUGAGGCCAAUCUGGAGGCUAAGAUAGAAAAAAAAAGGAACGAGCUGGAGAGGAACAACAAGCGGUUACAGACACUGCAGAGUGUACGACCAGCAUACAUGGACGAGUACGAGAAACUGGAGGAGGAUUUGCAGAAGCUGUAUGAGACUUACAUGAAUAAAUUCAGGAAUCUCACCUACCUUGAAUCACAACUGGAAGACUAUAACAGAGCAGAGCAAGAUAAAUUUGAGGAAACUGAAGAGAAGCUGAAACAGAUGGCUCAGAGACUAAAGGACGAGGAAAUGAAGCGUGAUGUCAUCACACAGGAAGAUGUAAUGGGUUCAGAUGAUGAUGAUGAGGACGAUGAGAGCGAAGAUGAGGAUGCUUUGGAAAGACCUGUGCGGACUAGACCUGAUGCUGCUGCAGGGGAGAGGAAACAGAGGGUGAUGGGCUCAAUGAUGGGAGAUAUAAGUGAGAAUGAGACUGGGUCUGAAGGAUCAGAUGAUUCGGAGAUAGAUCUUGAUGAAGAUGAUCAAGAUGACGAUGAUGACGACGACGAUGAUGAUGAAAUGAUGAUGUCAAAUAAUCCUCAUGCACGACAAAGACAACAACCAAAUGAUGAUGAUAGUGACAAUGAUUUCUGAAACAUUCUAUCAAUCAGUUCAUCAAGUUAUAACAGAAACAUGCAGUAACUGUACACCAUCAACGUUCCCACCAGUGUGUCACCUUAAAGAGUGCUGGUAAUGGAGUCACACUCAGUAUCAGUUGUUGAAUUGAAGGUCAAUAGUUGUACGAUUAACCUUGAUAUAAGAGGUCUUUCUUAAAAGUGUUACCAGAAUGUGUCUUUACACUUCUGUUCAAUUUUUAUAAAGGAAAACAAACAGUUGUAGUCUGUGAUAAUAAAAUGUAUUAACAUAUA